GAGAUAGCGUAGGUAGCCUGGUAUCCGCAAAAUAAUGAAGCAGAUCAGAACGAAAUGAUAUCGGAAAACCACCAAGUCGCUAGGCAUGGAUUUGAAGUUUCAUUACUAACUGACCAAUGACAGCUCGACCCCCUAUGAAUCAGUACUCUCCAAGUGGUUGACAUGGGCAGGUGGUCAGUACAAAUGUCCAUGGGCACUGAAACUGGUCACAGUGGACUAUCGUGUCUAUAUAUUCUUGAACAAUCUGAUAAAUCACCAUCCGUUGUUUGGACUCAUUCCCAUAGAUACACCGUGCUGGGACUAUUUGUGGUGAAGCAGAACGAUGUUGAGAUUCCUAAACAGAAGACGUUGCUGGGAAGAUUCUCGUGUUGCAGAAAGGCCCAUGCCUAGCCAACUGCCCACGUCUAAUAUCAUCGUAUCCGCCGUCGUCGUCAGUGGUGUCGCCGCUGUUUACCCCCCUCCCCUGCCACCGCCCUUGGAUGUAAAUAUAUCAUCGCCUCCCGUUAUUGUUGGUCUGAUGACUGCUGCUGCUGCUGCUGCUGCUCUGCAAAAGUUGGGGCUCAUCCGGCCACUGUUGUUCACCCGCUGCUCGGCCGAGAGGAGUCAUAUACCUGGGGUGGUUGACGGGACAAAACGGCAAAGGGGGACCGCCUUGGGGCUAUUUUCGUUGCUGGUGAGAUGGGCGACGCUUCCGCGAGGAGCGACCUGGUGGCCUGCUGGUUGGUGCCAUACUUUGAUAUCAAUGAGGAGACAUGUUGAAGUUCUCCGGAGAAACUUUCAAGCUUUUAGUUAA